AUGGGGUCCAUGUACUGGACAGCGGAGGAGUCCCGUUACCUCAAGGCUAUCUUUAAGUGGCAGGACCGUCUUCAGGGAAAAUUGACUGACAGAGGCUGCGAAAAGACUGCGGCUGCUGCCCACAAGGCCAUCACCGGUGAAUUCCGCGUGCUUCUCAUAGGCCCCAAGGGUGUCGGCAAGACAGCGCUGGUGACACGGUUUUGUGACGACUCCUUCCGUGGCGAGGCUGCCCCUCCAGACUCUCGGUUCGAGCAUGGAGGCCGACGGACUCUCGAAAUCGACGGCAAGACCUACACCAUGGGCAUUCUAGAGAUGCCCUCGCAGCAUUUAGUGCUGGAAGCCGCGGACAGAAAAAACAGAACAAGACUGAAGAAAAAGGAGGGAGCAAAUUUGGCGCCGGCUGCCGCCUCCUCUGCGAACUUGAUGCUUGAGCAGGCGCUCGCCAUCACCGAGGCUGCCGUUGUGGUGUACGAUGUGGGCGACGCCGCCUCGUUUCUCAAGGCCUGGAGCCUGUAUGAGCUGCUGCAGUGGCAGACCGGCGAAGCAUCACAGCCGCAACCGCAGACAUCACGGAAAAAGACGCGACAUCGAGGGCGGAAGACCGAAGCAGCACAUACUGCUUCAGGACUUGUCCUCCAGUCUCUACACUCGCAGCGGCGCCGUCCAUUCUCCUUAUUGCUGGUGGGCAGUAAGAGUGAUGCCGACGACGGCGAGCGGUGUGUGGCCUGGGAUGGCCGCUUUCUUGAGGCCAGCGCUAAGACUGGCGAUAAUGUCUCGGAACUGUUUGUGCGCACUGGCCGUGAGAUUUUGCGGCAAAGACAGCUGUUUAGACAAGAUGCAGGCAAUUCGACGUCAGCAGCCGCAAAACCGCCGUUAUCAGAACACAAAGAAUCUACCGCCCUGCUUCGUAUACAGAGCCAGGCCUCAUCGAAAAAACCCGGCUAUUUUCUUGCCGUCUUCCGAGCACUUGGGUUUUCUUUUACGCGCCGGUCACUGUCGGCAGAUAGACCAUACGUCACUUGA